CUGUUUGACUUCCUGUUUGUGUGUCCAGGGUUCUCCGGUCAAAACCAACUCAAGGACAGAAGACACGAGGAGACUACACAGGAGUGUGGUUGAUGGAGUCCCAGCGCCCUCUAGUGCUCAGAGCCAGAGAGGAGGUGUUGUUGGUUCCGGGGGGGUGGAGAAGAUGAGGAGGGAGGCUCAGCUCGCUGCUCUGAGGUACGACGAGGAGAGACACAAGAACCGAUCUCUGCAGAGAGACUCCGUCACCAGCUACACUAAGCAUAAAGCAGCUCAGAGUCCAACAAAGUCCAGUCCAGAAAGCGAGAACGUCUACCCCUCCAGACGCUCCACCCACACAGAUGACUCCGCCCUCUUCAUGGGAGAGGACAGAGCUGCUCUGUCUCCUACAGCCAAUCAGUCGCCUUCGUACCCCAGCUCAGGGGGCGUGGCCUCCUGUCGGACAGCCGGUCUGAGACCAGAGAGCUUCCUGUUUCGCCUCAGUCAGAAAGAAGAGAAGAGGAAAGGUGAUGCUGCUGCUCCUCAGACCCGGGUGGAGGCUCCUGCUGCUCCUGCUGCUCCUCCUCUGGUGGGAGAAGAUGCUGAGCUGGUGGAGCAGCUCAGGAAGAAUAUCGAGGCUCGUCUGAAGGUGUCGUUGCCUAGCGACCUGGGAGCAGCUCUGACAGACGGGGUGGUGCUUUGUCACUUGGCCAAUCACGUGAGACCUCGGUCCGUCCCCAGCAUCCACGUCCCCUCCCCCGCUGUGCCUAAACUCACCAUGGCCAAAUGUCGACGAAACGUUGAGAACUUCCUGGAGGCGUGUCGCAGGAUGGGUGUUCCUCAGAGUCAGUUGUGUCUUCCUCUUCACAUCUUGGAGGAGCGAGGGCUCCCCCAGGUGGCCCGGACCGUCAGCGCCCUGCUGGACCUGGCCCCGCCCAGACACCCCGUCACCACGACAACGCCGACGCCCGGACCCUCCGCCAGCAUGUAGACGCUGCCGCCGCCGCCGCCGCCACCACCACCGCACGCGCUCAGUCGACCUCCUGUAACGCUCCUGGUAGUUAGUGGUGACGUGUUCAGGUGGAGAGGUAAACAGUGAUCCAGAACAGCAGCAGGUCUGGGUCUUAAAGAGUGAUCCAGAACAGCAGCAGGUCUGGGUCUUAAAGAGUGAUCCAGAACAGCAGCAGGUCUGGGUCUUAAAGAGUGAUCCAGAACAGCAGCAGGUCUGGGUCUUAAAGAGUGAUCCAGAACAGCAGCAGGUCUGGGUCUUCAAGAGUGAUCCAGAACAGCAGCAGGUCUGGGUCUUCAAGAGUGAUCCAGAACAGCAGCAGGUCUGGGUCUUAAAGAGUGAUCCAGAACAGCAGCAGGUCUGGGUCUUCAAGAGUGAUCCAGAACAGCAGCAGGUCUGGUUCUGACGGAGAGACCGGCACA